AUGGAGUAGUUGAAACUAAAGUCAAAGAAUUAGUAUUCUAGUACGAUUCUGAAAUUUAAAUUGAAGAAAAAGGUUUAAUAGAAUGGAGCAGUCUAUUCAAUUACUAACAGCAAAAUUCAAAGUUUGGAUUAUUAGGCAGCGGAGCUCAGAAAAGCAAAAUCUGUGGAUAUUAUAAGGUUCAAUGAUGGGCACAAACAUCAAGUAAGAUAUUAAAAGGGCUAAGAUAUUAAUGAUGAAAACGAUGAGGAUGCUAUUGGUGAAUUGAAAGAAAUGGAGUCCCUAUUUGCAGGCUCGAGUGUAUCAUCAGUUAGCUGUAUUUUUGAAGAGGACACAGAAAACUACUACACAACUUCAGUAGUUGCUUGCACAGUCAUAAGGGAGCCAGAACAGCUUAUUGAUAAAGAUCUAAUGAAUUUGCUUCAUUACAUCAAAUCUUUACCAGUUCCAGAAGAAGCCGAUCUUAAGGAUAAACUUGUCGAAUUUGGUGAUUUCACUCGGCACAAAACCUUAAUAUGGGAUAUGGAUGAAACAUUAAUUCAUACUUAGUUACUUAUGCCCGAUUAAGAAACUGCGCAUAAUUGUGAUUUCACAAUUACUUUAAAAAGUGGAACUAGGUUCGGAGUAGCAAUUAGGCCUUACACUAUGAAGUGUCUAGAGCAUUUGUCCUAAUUCUAUGAAAUGGCGAUAUUUACUGCUGCUGACUAAGAGUAUGCAGAUUUAAUUUUGGAUCAGCUAGAUUAACCAAGAACGCUUUUCCCACAUAGAAUGUACAGAUAACAUUGCGUUAAAGUUGAAGAUGCCUAUGUCAAAGAUUUAAGAAUAAUCGUUGAUAGAGAUUUGGAGGAUAUGGUCAUAGUAGAUAAUUCUAUCCUUUCUUUUGCAUUCCAGUUGACUAAUGGCAUUCCUAUAUGCGCAUUCUACAGUAUAAAUAAAAAUUAGGAUUAAGAAAUGCUUUACUUAAUUGUAUAUCUCGAAGAAGUUUAUUAUUAACAUAAAGAUGUCAGAGAAGCCAAUAAAACUACCUUCAAACUUCAGGACUUGAUAAAUUCAAUGACAUGA